AUGGACUCGUUCAACUCUCUACAAGACCGACGAAACAGCUCAACCAUGUCCCCUCAGAUAGCUCAACAAGAUGCCAAUCUGGCGGGCCUGGGCCAGCCAAGGUCCCAGACUACAAGUUCCAUCUAUCCGAGCUGGUCUGGUGCAGGCGACGACCCUUGGACUCCCCUCUCCUUUGAUUCCUCGAAUACUCGCUCGCAGAUUUUUGGGUCUGCCAACUUUCAGACUUCAUACCAAGAAUACCAAAAUUAUAGGAGCAAACCGCUGCUGUCUGAAUGUGAUACCAACCCAGAUGACUCAGCUUACGGAAGUCGUCUUACUCAUAGCAUCGGCAAUCCUUCUACAUAUGGCGAAGACCUUGAUCCAGAUAUCCAGACGUUGGAUUCGCAAAAUGCUGAUACGCAACUCGUCAAUAGCGAUCUCGAAUCGCUCCAACUCCAAUGCCAGUCUGUUGUCAGUGAUUCUCAGCAGUAUCCAGAUCAAUGGACUCGCCCUCGUCCGCCUGCCAGCGUGGCCACAGCACCUGUUGGCGGAGAAAGACGAUGGAGCUGCAGAGAAUGCUCGAAGACAUGCCGUACUCGAUCGGAGCUGAGAAAACAUGAAUUGAAACACUCUCUUCCCUGGUGUUGCAAUGUCUCAGGUUGCUCACGCAGUAAAGGAUUCACUUCAAAGAAUGAUCUUGACAGACAUAAGAGGACUGUACACAAUGAUCGAACAGUUUCUGGCCGUGCAUUUGUAUGCAACAUCGGUGGUUGUGCGAAAAAGACCAAAAUCUGGCCCAGGGCAGAUAACUUCCGCUCCCACUUGGAGAGGAUGCAUCAUAAAACAUAUUCAGCCAACGAUGAUCUGACGGAAUAUGUUUAUCGUCCCGUCCCGUCACAAGGUCUCGAGGGUGUUGGGGGAAGUGCUAUGGCAUACCUCCAGGCCCAGGAGCAAUCACCUGGCUUGGCCCAUCCUUCUACAAUUCUAUUAUUCCGCGGACACGGCGGGGACAGGCGAGCUUCACAGCCUCAACCUGGCAUCAGCGGCCUGUCCCGAGGCCCGGCCCCUAUUUCGAUCGACCGAGAUAUAACAGGCCUAGCUCCCGUACGAGAAAGCGACGAAAACUUUAUUCGACCCGAUAUACUCAGUGGGCCUGUUACUAUGUCUCAAGAUCGGUGGCCAGGGCCCCCUACCUCUGGAGAGGAUGCACCAGGUGAUGAUAUCACAACUUCUGAGUCUGGGCAACAUGACGAUGCCGCCCCAGAUGACAUGGACGGCGUGCAAGAAAGCGAAACCUUGGAAAUGGAAACAUCUAGCGUCAGCGACAAUUCGAGCUCCCAGCAACCCGAUAUUGGAAUGAUAGAUGCCGAUGAAGCUCAGCAAACCCCAAGGGCGGUCAUAUUGGCAGACCAAUCCAGCCUUGACUCUCCCAACAACAGUCUAGUGUCAUAUGAAAUUCUCGACAAAAUCCCGAAAGAAGUUAUUGCAAGCUAUAUGAAGAAGCACUCGACUGAAAUCAGGGAUGAGACCCCGAAACCGGAUGUGCCUGGUGGCAAGAACCAAGCUCAUGUACACAAGUGCCAGGACUGCGAUAAACCGUUUCCACGCCUAUGUGAACUUAAAAAACAUCAAAAGAGGCACUCAAAACCUUACGGGUGUACUUUUUUGAACUGCAACAAGACAUUUGGAAGCAAGAACGACUGGAAGCGACAUGAGAGUAUCCAGCACUACCAGCUCGAGGUAUGGGUAUGCAAUUGCACCAACUCUAGUGGCGAGCUUUGUGACAAGGUCUGCCACCGCCGCGAGAGCUUCAGAAGCCAUCUUACGAAAGAGCAUAAAGUCUCUGACCAACGUGAACUGGAAGAAAAGGUCGACACAUGUAGAAGAGGCCGUCAUUGUGAUGCCCAUUUCUGGUGCGGCUUUUGCCAGGAAACCAUCGAGAUCAAAGAAGCAGACAACACAUGGACCAAACGCUGUGACCAUAUUGAUGAUCACUUCUCUGGUCGCGAUAUACCUCAAAGGGACAUCAGCGAAUGGGUACAUGAGAAAGGUCCCGGCACUUCAAUCGAUACUCCCCCGAAAGCUGCACCUGAGUCUUCAUCUGUUUCAUUUGUCCCUGAUCCGAAAACACCUCAACCUUUGGGAUCACAGGAUAAUAGCAGCGGAGAUCGCCGAGACUGGAAGGACACAUACAUGUGGUUAUGCUGCUAUUGUAAUAAUGAGAAUAGCCUUGGUCACAACAAGGUGUGCUUUGAUUGCAAUCGACGGAAGUGCGAUAAUUGUAAUGUGCAUACACUGCCUCAGCUUAGCGAUAACUAG